CUUUUAAAUCUUCCCCCUCCCUCUCUGUGUCGACCCCCACAAACCCCACACCCCCCCUUAAAGAUUAGUUUUGGUUUAGGACAUCAGUUGAGAAGCAGCCUGUCUCCGUCCGUACAGUAAUGGCUUUCGUUUCUUUCGUCGGGAGAGUUCUCUUUGCCUCUGUUUUCAUUCUCUCUGCUUGGCAAGAGUUCAAUGAAUUUGGUACCAAUGGUGGGCCGGCAGCACAUCUUUUGGAGCCUAAAUUCCAUGUUUUCUCAAAACAUGUGUCAUCUCAAACUGGGUUUCAAGUGCCACAUUUUGAAAUGAAGCAUGCAGUUGCUGCAGCUAUAUCUGUGAAAGCUUUUGGAAGCCUUCUUUUCAUCUUUGGCAGUUCUGUUGGAGCUUAUCUUCUGCUUUUGCACCAGAUCAUCAUUACCCCAAUAUUGUAUGAUUUUUACAACUACGAUGCUGACACUAAGGAAUUUAAUCUGCUCUUUGCGAAGUUCGCACAGAACUUGGCACUGUUUGGGGCAUUGCUCUUUUUUAUUGGCAUGAAGAACUCAAUCCCAAGGAGGCAACUGAAGAAAAAGUCUCCCAAAUCAAAAACAACAUAAAACUAACCUUUUGAUGAUCUGAAGGUUUCUUUUUUCUCGGUGGCUUGAUUUCUGUUUUUUGUCGAAGAUCUAGUUUUGUAUGCUUGUAUGAAGCUUUCCUCACUUAGAGACUAGGGACUUGAAAGAAGAAGAAAAGGAAAACAUUUUUCAGUUGUGAUUACUUGACCCGCUAUGUCAUUAAUGGUCAAAAUUAAAAUUUAUUUUUGAUA